AUGCCUGACACACGAAACUACAUCUUCGAUCCGAGUGGAAGAGUGACCUUCAUCCUGACUACAGCGUCAUUCAUUCCCCAAGACUUCCCCGAUCCAACAAAUGUCGACGAGCUUGUUCCCAUCGAUCUUUCGCCAGCCCACUUACCUGACAAGAAGCGUCCUCAGCAGAGAAACAACAACCCCUCACAGACAGCUUCAUCGGCUCCUCUACGACCCAUGAUAUCAAGUCGUCCCUCGAAGAGAGUGAACUUGGAAAUCACCACAACCGUUGCAGAACAGGUGUCCGACGAAGCAACCACUACAGAACCCCAAACCACCACCGAGGAUCAGAUUCAAGCAUCUGAUACAAAGCUCAAGUUCUGGUCGCCUGUGUUCGAGAAAAUGUUCACCGGCGCGUGGAAAGAAAGCGACGAGCUGCAAAGAAAUGGGACAGUCACGCUCGAGAUCCAGGACUGGAACCUCUGGCCUUUUCUCAUCCUGAUGCAGCUCAUGCACUUCGAAAGACACCCUGCGAAGCUCGACAUCGACACGUUGACGGAAGUGGCUCUCCUGGCCGACUACUACCAGUGUCGGAAGGAGCUUCGGAAAUACCUGAGCCUGUUGCUGAACGAGACAAGCGAGGAUAUCCCGCCGUCGCACGCGCACGCUACGUAUAUGAACUGUCUCUGGGUGUCGUGGUAUCCGAGGAGCUGGGGCGAGUUCGGCAGCUACGCUCAGCUGACAAUCUACUACGCUGAUGGUCCGAUCUGCGCCAACGGAUUGCCCAUUCGUCGUCACGUGCUAGAGAAGCUCGAUACCGCUCGGACUGGUGCCCUCACUGAGAUCAUACGCCGGCUUCAAGAAAGUUACCUCGACGUACAGCAGGCGCGACGGCGCAACGUGCGCUACUGCGGCAGAUGCGAUACGAUGCUGGCUCGAGCCUUGGGAGUGGAUCUGUUGGACGACAACCCGGUUGAGUGGCCUGUGGCUCCUUUCCUCGGCCUCAGUAUCUUUCAGCUCAUGCAGACGACGAGGGAAGAAGAGAACCGUCCGGUGCUGGUGGGGCAUAGGGGCUGUGUCUUCCAGUUUGUAAGUCCUACGGAGGAUCGUUCAAUCUCCACACUUUUGUACCGGCUUGGGAUCGAGCGAGUUACUUUGAUGGGGUGCUUGGACGAGAUGUCUGGAGAUCAAAGAUAG